AUGCCGUCGAAACAGAAAAAAUCCACAGCUUCAGAAGAAACCGAAGAGGUUGAUGACGAAGUGGAGGAAACAGAGCCAAAAUUAAAGGAGAGAAGCGACUGCGUGACCCACGGGGACACCACAAAAGGAGAGAAGAGUCCUACGAAGCACAAGAGCCCAGAAACUUCUGAGAAUCAGGAGGGCCCAGGGAAAGAGAAGAGGAAAAAAGAGGGUGGAAAAGUAAAAGGGAAAAAGGAGAAAAAGAAACCAGAUGAUGAUUCUGAAGCUGGUGCUGUGAUUGAAAACGAAGCUGAAGAGAAUGAGCAGAACAAUAAUGACCCUACGACCAAUUCCAAAAAGGAGAAAUCAGAGAAGCUUAAAGAGGAAGUGACAGAGGGAGUGAAGGAGGAAAAGAAGAAAAAGAAGAAGAAAUCCCCUGCAGAAAAUCCAGAGGGAGAGGAGGAGAUGGGCUCCAAGGAUAAAAAGUCUAAAGAUGGCAAGAAGAAGAAGAAAUCCCACAACGAUGAUGAUGAGGAGCCCUUGAUUGAGGAGCAGGAAGAGGAGGAGGACUCAAAGAAAAAGAAAAAGAAGAAGGCAAAGAAGGGAUCUGCGGACAGUGAUGAAGAUAAAAAGAAAAAGGGGAAGAAAUCCAAAAAUAAACAGGUGGACUAUGCUGCAAUCUACCAGAAGGAGCUGCUGAACUACCACACAGACUCAUCUGAUGGAUAUGAGGAUGAGUACUACAGAAAGAAAGUGUAUGAGGUGGUCACUGUCACUGGUGAUGUAAAGGGAGCUGGGACAGAUGCUAAUGUGUUUGUUACCCUUUUCGGAGACUUUGGAGUCACGCCCAAGGUUCACCUGGCAAGCAAAAGCAGAACUGCAUUUGAGAAGAAUAAGACUGAUGUUUUCCGUAUCAAAACACACAAUGUGGGGCCUCUGAAGAAGCUGAGGAUCGAGCACGACAACACAGGGAUGAACGCUAGCUGGUUCUUGGACAGGGUGGUGGUGACCGACAUGAACCGGCCCCAUCUGCGCUUCUAUUUCGCCUGCAACAACUGGCUGAGUCGGGAGGAGGGCGACAACCUGUUUGUCAGGGACCUGCUGGGCAGCCUGAACCCCAUGGAUGUCCCAAAAUUGAAUAAAUACAUAGUGAGUGUUUUCACUGCUGAUAUGAAGGGAAGUGGAACUGAUGCUGAUGUCUUCCUGAAUAUCUUUGGAGAGAAUGGGGACACAGGAGAGAGACGACUCGACAGUGACAAAGACAACUUUGAACGGGGCUCAGAGGACAAGUUUACGAUAGAGGCUCCUAACCUGGGAAGGCUGAGGAAAAUCACCAUCGGCCACAACAACAGAGGUUCAUCAGCUGGAUGGUUUCUAGAUAAGGUGGUAAUCGAUGACAUGGGGAAUAAAGAAGUGUAUGAGUUCCCAGUUAACCGCUGGUUCGCCAUGGAUGAAGAUGAUGGCAAAAUACAGAGAGAUGUGUUGGUUGGAUCAGUGCAACCAAUGGGAAUCGUAUACAAUGUACAAGUGAUGACUGGAAACGUUAGGGGUGCAGGCACCAACUCUAAGAUCCACAUGGUUAUGCAUGGCACCAAGGGCUUAAAAAACAGUGGCAAAGUCUUCCUGGAGGGUGGUGCUUUCGAGCGUGGUCUCAUCGACAUUUUCAGCGUGGAGAUUUGUGAACUGAUCAGCCCGCUCAGCAGGGUCACCAUUGGGCACGACAAUGGGGCCGUUGGUGCCGGGUGGUACUGUGAAAAGGUUGUACUAUACUGUCCGUUCACGGGCAUUGAGCAGACAUUUCCAUGCGGGAUGUGGCUGGACGAGGAUGAGGGGGACGGACUAAUUGAGAGGGAGCUGUAUGAGAUGGUCUCUCUUAGGCAGAAAAAACAGAAAAAGUACCCAUGGUCCUUGUGGAUUUGGACCUCAGAUGUGAAAGGGGCAGGGACAGAUGCCCAGGUGUUUCUGCAAAUCUAUGGAGAGAAGGGCAAGUCUGAUGAGAUCAAGCUGGAAAACAACUCAGACAGUUUUGAGCAGGGCCAGCUUGAUAAAUUUGUGAUUGAAAUGCCAGACAUAGGAAGACUGCUGAAACUGCGCAUCUGGCACGAGAAAAGACAUCCAUUUGCUGGCUGGCAUUUAGCAAAGGUCACUUUGCUCAAGACCCUGACGAUGGAGAAAUAUUCUUUUGAAUGUGGCCGCUGGCUGGAUAUCAAUGAAGAUGACAAUGAGAUCGUCAGAGAGCUUCCAGCUAAAGGAGCGCCCAUUGAUGAGCCUCUGCCCUUGAUAAAGUAUCGUGUCACCAUCUGCACUGGCAACGUCAGUGGCAGUGGCACUGAUGCCAGUGUCUUUCUCAAUAUUAUUGGUGACCUGGGUGACACAGGGGAGCGGCUCAUGAUUAUGAGCAAAAACAAUGUCAACAAAUUCGAAAAGGGCAAUCAUGAUGAGUUCCUCAUUGAGUCUGUAUCCUUGGGCCAGGUGCGAAGGGUGCGUGUAGGUCACGAUGGCCGCGGAGGAGGCUGUGGUUGGUUCCUUGAUAAGGUGAUGGUCAGGGAGGAGGGCCAGCCAGAGUCUUUGGCCAUUGAGUUCCCCUGUUUCAGGUGGUUGGACCGUAAUGAGGAUGAUGGACAGAUUGUCCGAGAGUUAGUUCCAGAUGGAGAUGGCCUAUGUCUCUUUAAUGUCAGCUACCACAUAGCAAUCAAAACAGGCAGUGUGAAUGGGGCCAGCUCUGAUUCCAGGGUGUUUGUCAAACUGUACGGGGAGAAGGGUGACACUAGCAAGAUGAUACUGGCAGUCUCAGACAAUGACCUCAGGAACUACUUUGAGACAGGACGCACUGACAUUUUCACCAUUGAAACCUCUGACAUUGGACAGAUCAGCCGUCUCCUCAUCGGCCACACCAACGAGGGCCUGCGCGCUGGAUGGUUUCUGGACAGUGUGCAGAUCUCUGUGCCAGUACAUGGGAUGCAGUACAUGUUCCCAAGCCACCGCUGGCUCUGCAAAGAUGAGGCUGAUGGGAAAGUGGAGGUUGAGAUCUAUCCCAGCGAGAUCCUGGACAUUGAACAAUUGAUCAACUAUGAAGUAACAGUGGUCACAGGGGACGUGCGUGCAAGUGGCACCAAUGCCAAUGUCUUCUGUCAGAUCUAUGGAGAUGAAGGAAAAACUGAAGUCCUUGCUCUCAAGAGUCGCUCCAAUAAUUUUGAGCGAGGGACUACUGAAAUCUUUAAGAUUGAGGCUCAGGAUGUCGGCAAGAUCUACAAGAUACGCAUCUACCACGACGGGAAGGGUAUCGGAGAUGGCUGGUUCUUGGAGACAGUGGACAUCAAGCGGCUGACGAUGGCUAUGGUGCAGGUUGAGGUGAAGAAGGAGGACACCAAGAAAGACAAGAAGAAAGACAAGAAAAAGAAGAAGAAAGAAGAGGAGGAGGAGGUGGAGAUAGUUGAGGAGCUGCAGGAAGUGGUGGAGACAUUUACUUUCCCUUGUAACCGCUGGCUGGCCAGGGAUGAGGAGGACGGGGAGAUUGUAGUUGAGUUGCUGACUGAGGACAAUGAAGACCUGGAGGUGAACUCAUAUGAGGUUCAUGUGUUUACUGGGACCAUGUGGGGGGCGGGGACUGAUGCCAAUGUUUACAUCAACAUCUACGGAGAGAUUGGAGACACGGGGGAGCGACGGCUGAGGAGGUCCAACAACCUGAACAAAUUUGAGAAAGAUCAGGAGGACAUUUUCACCAUCACAGCGGUUGACCUAGGGAUCCUGAAGAAGCUGAGGAUCCGGCAUGACAACAGCCAGGCCAGUGCCGGCUGGUUUUUGGACAGGGUGGAGAUUGUAGACAACAAAGAUGACACCACGUACUUUUUUCCUUGUAAACGCUGGCUGGCUAUUGACGAGGACGAUGGACAGCUUGCCAGGGAGCUGGUUCCUGUGGACGAGGCCUUUAUGAAGAAGGGGGAUGAUGAUGAGGAAGACUCUGAAGCCACACUCGGUCUGGAACAGAAAGCGAUGUCAACAACAUACACAAUGCGGAUAAAAACUGGUGACAAGAAAUACGCAGGAACAGAUGCUAAUGUCUUUACAAUCCUGUAUGGCACCAAGGAUGACACAGGUUUAAUUAACCUGAAGGCAUCAAAGACCCAUAAGAAUAAGUUUGAACGGGGUAUGAUUGAUGAGUUCACUGUCGAGGCUGUGGACAUCGGACCGCUGAAGAAGCUGCGUAUUGGACACGACAACUGUGGGGGAGGAUCGGCAGGUUGGUUCCUUGACUGGACGGAGAUUGACGCCCCGUCUCUGGGACAGAAACUGCGCUUCCCCUGCGGUCGCUGGUUGGAUAAAGGGGAGGAUGACGGCGCCAUCAUCAGGGACCUUUUUCCCAACCCUCUUCAGACAGAGCUUUACACACCUUUUGUUCCUUAUGAGAUUAAAACCUUCACGAGUGACGUUUUUGGAGCCGGAACAGAUGCAGAUGUCUUCAUUGUCCUGUACGGGCGAGAUGCCGUGUGCACUCAGCAGAAGUCUCUGUGUGUCAACAAGAGGGAGAGGAGGAUGUUCUUUGAGAGAGGAGCUGAGGACAUGUUUAUUGUUGAGCUAGAAGACGUAGGGGAUGUAAUUGAGAAGAUCCGUAUCGGCCAUGACAACCGCGGGGUUAACCCAGGCUGGCAUCUGGACAGGGUGGAGAUCAGACGUCUGCUCAGGAAAGGAAAGGGUUCAGAGACUGUCAUCUUCCCGUGUGAGCGCUGGCUCGCCAAGUCAGAGGAUGAUGGAGAAACAGUGAGAGAGCUGGUGCCUUCUGACAUCAUUACAGAGAAACUGUCACGAGAUGGAAACCUAAAGGUCACUGAGGUCGAGGUGGAAGAUGCCCUGGAGGCUCACACAUACAAAGUGUCAGUGACGACAGGUGAUGUGUAUGGAGCCGGCACCGACGCCAAUGUCUUCCUCACAAUUUACGGGGACCUGGGCGACACCGGGGAGAGGAAACUCAGCAAGUCAGAGACGAACAGCAACAAGUUUGAACGGGGAUCUGUGGAUAAGUUUACAAUAGAGGCAGUCGACCUCGGACAGGUUUUCAAGAUAAAAAUACGCCAUGAUAACAGUAUGGUGAGCGCCGACUGGUACUUGGACCAGGUGGAGGUGGUUGACGUGGACACCGAGGAGGUCUUCCUCUUCUUAUGUGAACGUUGGCUCUCCAAGAAGAGGGAGGACAGGCGCAUUGAGAGGGUCUUCUAUGUCAAGGGUUAUGAAGGAGUGAGAGAGCGCCUAAACAGUAAGAAGAAGAACUCAGCUCUGACAGUGAAGAGUGUCGACAGUAACAUGAACAAAAAGAGCAAGAAGAAGAAGGAGGAGGAGGAAACAGAGCUCCCGAUCAUACCAUACCACAUCACCAUCUGUACUGGCCUGGAGCGGGAUGCGAGCACCACCAGCAGGGCUUAUGUGAUCAUUAUCGGGGCCAAUCACACCCAGACAGAGAGGUUGUGGCUGGACCUGCCAGAUGGGAGGAGGGGCUUUGAGGCUGGCUCUCUGGAGAGCUUCGAGUCCCACGGUUCAGACGUGGGGGAGAUCAAAAAGGUCAAGCUCGGCCAUGAUGGGGCGACUCCCGAGAGCUGCUGGCUGGUUGAUGAGCUGUCUGUUGCUGUGCCAACCAAAGGGGUCAAAUAUAUCUUUGCUUGCAAGUGCUGGCUGGCCAAAGAUCGAGGAGAUGGGUUGACUGCUAGAGUAUUCAACGUGCUGGAUGCAGAGGCCAUUUCCAUCUCCCAGAAGAUUAUUUAUGAGGUGACAGUGGUAACAGGAGACGUGCAAGAUGCAGGAACAGACACCCAGAUCUUCAUGUCUGUGUUUGGGGCCAACGGCAGCACAGAGGAGAUGCUGCUGCAGAAGAAUGAGGGCAGGUUUGAGCGUGGUCAGGAGGACACUUUCACCAUGGAGAUUGAUGACAUUGCCCCGCUAAGGAAGAUGAGGCUUCGUAUUGAUGGCUCCGGCAGUCGACCCGACUGGUUUCUGGAUAAGGUGAUCAUGCGUAACCUGGCUACAGAGGAGGUGUCUGUGUUCACCUAUGAGGAGUGGCUGUCAAGGACACGUGGACCGAAGAGGACCGAUAUCUGCGAGAUGGCUGCUGUGGUGGACGAGGAGAUGAUGGUGGAGAUCACCACCUACAUCAUCCAGGUCAAGACCAGUGAUAUUGCAGGAGCAGGCACUGAUGCCAACGUGUGGGUCAUCGUUUUUGGAGAGAGCGGAGAUACGGGCACACUGGCACUGAAAGAAUGCAACAAGUCCAACAAGUUUGAGCGCAAGCAGGUGGACACAUUUCGCUUCUCAGAUAUCCUCAGCCUGGGAGAGCUCUCCAAAGUACGAGUCUGGCACAACAACACAGGUCUUGCUCCAGGAUGGCAUUUGGAGUACAUUGAUGUAAAGGACGAGAUCAUGGACAAAACAUUUCGUUUCCCCUGUGACCGCUGGCUUGCCAAGAGUGAUGAUGAUGGACAGAUAAUGAGAGAACUGGCCUGUGCUAACAACGAUUACUUAGACCUCAAUGAGAAGACCAAAUAUGAAAUUUGUGUCACAACUGGAGACACUGCCAAAGCUGAAACUAAAGAAAAUGCCUGGAUUGUACUUGAGGGGAAGAAGGGCCGAUCAAAAGAAUUUGUAAUGGAGAACUCCUCAAAGAAGAAAAGGUUUUUGCGGGGAAAUGUUGACAGGUUUGACUUUUCGUCCAAGAACCUGGGCGAUAUUGCUGGUAUCUGCCUGGGCCACACACCCAAGGAUGGAAAGAAAGUGAAGGGAGAGGUUUACUGGCACGUGGAGGAGGUGGUCAUCACUGAAAGGGAACUGGGAAACAAGUACAUCUUCAGUUGCAGUGCCCUCAUCCCUCUCUCUCCAAAGAGGGAUGAUUUCUUGACCUUUGAGUGCACAAAGACAAUCGAGAGCUUUGCCAGUAAAGCUCGAAGCCUGGUGCCCGUCAAGUACGAGAUCAUCGUCAUCACAGGUGAUGAGAAGGGAGCAGGUACAGAUGCCAAUGUUUUCAUCACUGUCUAUGGCUCAAAUGGAGAUUCAGGCCGACGGCAGCUGCGGCAGAAGUUUCGCAACCUUUUCGAACGUGAGCAGACGGACCGUUUCCUGCUGGAAAUGUUGGACAUGGGAGAGCUGCAGAAAGUUCGGGUGGAGCACGACAACUCUGGUCUGAACCCCGGCUGGCUGCUGGAUCGUGUGGAAGUCACGAACACAGCCAACGGUGUCACCACCAUCUUCCUCUGUGGGAAGUGGCUGGACACUAAGAAGGCUGACGGGCAGAUCACCAGGGUCCUCUACCCGAAAUACUAAAAGAAAAUAUUAUUUCUAAAAACUCCCAUAGCAGAGACAUCUACCCUCAUGUUUAAAAUGAAUGACCAGAGAGAUUUUGCUCUGGAAAGUCUUAUAUCUCAGGAACUGCGGCAGAUUUUUUACAUCCGUAGUUUUUAAAAAAAAUGAUAUUAUGGAUAGAUGUUUAAUGCUACCUGGGAUAUAGCCUGCAAUGAAAUAUUGUAUCUACAAUAUCUUCUUUGGUCAGGAAACUGAAUGUGCCAGUCUUUUUAAAUUUCAUAUGUCAGGGAUGGUUUGCUCAGCUGCUUUGUUAUAAUGGAGGUUUUAUAAAAGAUUAAACU